UGGGCCGCAACGAACCAUAACCCUAGAGGCUAAAUUCUUCCCCCAAAGCCGUUCUUCUUCGGCAGCAAGCCAAGCCGCUGCAGAUUCAAUAUCAGAUUCAACCUUCUUCGUCAUCUUCCUCUGCAAGCCGUCGUAGAUUCAUAGAACUGUAUGCCCACGGCGUUCGCUUAUAGGGUUAGCGAGAGUUAGGAAAGCGAGAAGGAGAUGCCGACUCUGACGAAGCUGUACAGCAUGAAGGAGGCCGCCCUCCACAACACCCCCGACGACUGCUGGGUCGUCGUCGACGGCAAGAUUUAUGAUGUGACCAAGUAUUUGGAUGACCACCCUGGGGGUGCUGAUGUUCUGCUCGCGGUGACCGGUAAGGAUGGCACGGAGGAAUUUGAAGAUGCUGGCCACAGCAAGAGUGCCAAGGAGUUAAUGCAGGAUUACUUCAUAGGGGAGUUGGACUUGGAGGAGACACCGGACAUCCCUGAGAUGGAGGUUUUCAGGAAAGAGCAGGACACGGACUUUGCUGGAAAGCUAGUGGCCUAUGCGGUGCAGUACUGGGCAAUUCCAGUAGCAGCUGUCGGAAUAUCAGCUGUUGUUGCCAUAUUGUAUGCACGCAGGAAGUGAUUGUCGAUUAUACAUUGAUUGAAGGACCAUUUAGGGGAAUCAACCCGUUUAUAGCUGGUUAUGGAUGGAGAUUGUGUGCUUCUGUCCAAAGUCGAAGACACAUUGAUGUAUUGAGUCCUUAGUUACUUGACUCAAAUAUUUGACCACAAAAUUGGUGGUACUGUUUUAUCGACAUGUUACCGAAUUGAUGGAUUAAUUAUAAUUUACAAAACCUGUUUUUUUAGAUGUAAAGCCUUUUCUAGGCAGCUGAUGACAUAUAUUUGUUGCAUGGGACCA